GCCGGCUCCGAGUCCUGUUGGUGGGGGCAGCAGGAUGCUGGUGGCAGUAGAGGGGGCCGACCGGGUGCCUCCGCAGCUCAGCUGGCAGGGCCCGGUGGGGCGUGUGUGGCUGCUGGUGCGCGCCCCCAGCCCCACGCCUCCCCAUGCAGCCCUGGCAGUGCCUCCGGCGCUUUGCCCUGGCCUGGUGGGAGAGGACCGCGGAGGGUCGCGCCCGCUCUCCCAGGGAGGAGGUUGGACCAAGGGACUCUGGGGCCCGCGGGGAGCCAGGGCUCCAGCGAGCGGCGGGAGGGAAGCCGGCAGGACUCUGUUCCCUCUGUUUAAAGUCUCCAGAUCCGGAGCGGAGCAGCCCUCCCAUGCUGUCUGCCGAUGAUGCCGAGUACCCUCGGGAAUACCGGACCCUGGGGGGUGGGGGCAGCGGGGGCAGCGGGGGCCGGCGCUUCUCCAAUGUGGGGCUGGUGCACACCUCUGAGCGGCGGCACACGGUGAUUGCUGCCCAGAGCCUGGAGGCGCUCAGCGGGCUCCAGAAGGCGGAUGCUGACCGCAAGCGAGAUGCGUUCAUGGACCAUCUGAAGAGCAAGUACCCCCAGCAUGCCCUGGCCCUGCGAGGUCAGCAGGACAGGAUGCGGGAGCAGGUCGGCGGCUGGACCGUGGACCCUGUGUGCCUCCUCAGCUCCCUCUGUUCCCACCUUCACGGCGAUUCCACCCCCUCCGGGGCUGGCCAGCCUGCCCAGCAACCAAACUACUGGAGCUUCAAGACCCGCAGCUCGCGUCAUACUCAGGGAGCCCAGCCAGGGCUGGCAGACCAGGCAGCCAAGCUGUCCUACGCCUCGGCUGAGUCGCUGGAGACCAUGUCCGAGGCCGAGCUGCCCCUGGGCUUCAGCAGGAUGAACCGCUUCCGACAGAGCUUGCCUCUCUCCCGCUCUGCCAGCCAGACCAAGCUGCGCUCACCAGGGGUCCUGUUCCUGCAGUUCGGGGAGGAGACCCGACGCGUACACAUCACGCAUGAGGUCAGCAGUCUGGACACGCUGCACGCACUCAUCGCGCACAUGUUCCCGCAGAAGCUCACCAUGGGCAUGCUCAAGUCGCCCAACACCGCCAUCCUCAUCAAAGACGAAGCUCGGAACAUCUUCUAUGAGCUGGAGGACGUCCGAGAUAUCCAGGACCGCAGUAUUAUUAAGAUCUACAGGAAGGAGCCACUGUAUGCUGCUUUUCCUGGUUCUCACCUCACUAACGGGGACCUUCGGAGAGAGAUGGUGUACGCGUCGCGGGAGUCGUCGCCCACGCGGCGCCUCAACAACCUGUCGCCUGCAUCGCACCUAGCAUCUAGCUCGCCACCUCCAGGGCUCCCAUCGGGCCUGCCGUCGGGCCUGCCGUCGGGCCUGCCGUCGGGCUCGCCCUCGCGCUCACGCCUCUCCUACGCUGGGGGCCGCCCGCCCUCUUACGCCGGCAGUCCGGUGCACCACGCGGCUGAGCGACUGGGGGGUGCCCCGGCCAGCCAGGGCGUGAGCCCCAGUCCCAGCGCCAUCCUGGAGCGGCGCGACGUGAAGCCGGACGAGGACCUGGCGGGCAAAGCGGGCGGCAUGGUGCUUGUGAAGGGCGAGGGCCUCUAUGCUGAUCCCUACGGGCUUCUGCACGAGGGCCGCUUGAGCCUGGCCGCUGCAGCGGGUGACCCGUUUGCAUACCCGGGCGCAGGCGGAUUGUACAAGCGGGGCUCGGUGCGCUCACUCAGCACCUACUCUGCCGCCGCUCUGCAAUCCGACCUGGAGGACUCGCUGUACAAGGCAGGCGCAGGCGGCCCUCUCUACGGCGAUGGUUACGGCUUCCGCCUGCCGCCUUCUUCCCCACAGAAGCUGGCCGACGUGUCGGCGCCCUCUGGGGGACCCCCACCCCCGCACAGCCCCUACUCGGGGCCGCCAAGCCGUGGCUCGCCGGUGCGCCAGUCCUUCCGCAAAGACUCAGGCUCCUCGUCGGUCUUUGCCGAGAGUCCCGGAGGCAAGGCCCGCAGCACUGGGAGCGCCUCGACGGCCGGAGCACCACCUUCCGAGCUUUUCCCUGGACCUGGAGAGCGCUCUCUAGUAGGAUUUGGGCCGCCGGUGCCAGCCAAGGACACAGAGACCAGGGAACGCAUGGAGGCCAUGGAGAAGCAGAUUGCAAGCCUCACAGGGCUGGUGCAGAGCGCUCUCCUGCGAGGCUCAGAGCCGGAGACCCCAAGUGAGAAGAUUGAAGGCUCUAAUGGAGCAGCCACGCCCUCAGCACCGUGCGGAUCGGGUAGUCGGAGCAGCGGGGCCACUCCGGUGUCGGGCCCUCCCCCACCCUCGGCCAGCGGCACCCCUGCAGGGCAGCCCACUGCUGUCAGCCGGCUGCAGAUGCAGCUGCAUUUGCGGGGCCUACAGAACAGUGCUAGCGACCUGCGUGGCCAGCUUCAGCAGCUGCGCAAGCUCCAGCUCCAGAACCAGGAAUCAGUACGCGCGUUGCUGAAGCGCACCGAGGCGGAGUUGAGCAUGCGUGUGUCGGAGGCGGCGCGGCGGCAGGAGGACCCGCUGCAGCGGCAGCGCACCCUGGUGGAGGAGGAGCGGUUGCGUUACCUCAAUGACGAGGAGCUCAUUACUCAGCAGCUCAAUGACCUAGAGAAGUCAGUGGAGAAGAUCCAGAGGGAUGUGGCCCAUAACCACCGGCUGGUACCUGGUCCUGAGCUGGAAGAGAAGGCGCUGGUGCUGAAGCAGCUUGGGGAGACGCUAACAGAGCUCAAGGCUCAUUUCCCAGGCCUGCAGAGUAAGAUGCGCGUCGUGCUGCGUGUAGAGGUGGAGGCAGUGAAGUUCCUGAAGGAGGAGCCUCAGCGCCUCGAUGGACUUCUUAAGCGCUGCCGGGGGGUCACUGACACGCUGGCCCAGAUCCGCAGGCAAGUGGAUGAGGGUGUGUGGCCACCCCCCAACAAUCUCCUGAACCAGUCUCCCAAGAAAGUGGCAGCUGAAACAGACUUCAGCAAAGGCUUGGACUUUGAAAUACCACCCCCCAGUCCUCCACUGAAUCUCCAUGAGCUGAGUGGGCCUGCUGAAGGAGCUCCUCUUACCCCAAAGAGCAGUAACCCCACCAAAGGCCUGGAUGCUCCCGGCAAGAGAAGCGCGGACAAAGCUGUGUCUGUUGAGGCUGCAGAGAGAGACUGGGAGGAGAAGCGGGCAGCCCUGACCCAGUACAGUGCCAAGGACAUCAACCGGCUGCUGGAGGAGACACAGGCUGAGCUGCUCAAGGCCAUCCCUGACCUGGACUGUGCCAGCAAAGCCCACCCAGGACCCGCCCCCACCCCAGACCACAAGCCCCCCAAGGCACCCCAUGGUCAGAAGGCAGCCCCCCGGACAGAGCCCAGUGGGAGAAGAGGUUCAGAUGAGCUCACGGUGCCCAGAUACCGCACAGAGAAGCCCUCCAAGUCGCCCCCGCCACCCCCUCCCCGCCGGAGUUUCCCUUCCUCCCACGGCCUGACCACCACACGCACCGGAGAGGUGGUGGUCACCAGCAAGAAAGACUCAGCCUUCAUCAAGAAGGCUGAGUCCGAGGAGCUGGAGGUCCAGAAGCCCCAGGUGAAGCUCCGCCGGGCCGUGUCUGAGGUGGCCCGCCCUGCCUCCACACCACCCAUCAUGGCCUCUGCCAUCAAGGAUGAAGAUGAUGAGGAACGCAUCAUUGCUGAACUGGAGGUCUUUGAAAGAAGUUCAGUAUCUUCCCUUCCCCCUACGCCCCGUCGCCAGCUGAUCCCCACCUUGCUGUCCCCCCAGGACCUGGGGUCCCCUGGGGGCUCAGCUCUGGGCUCCCCAUGGAAGGCUGCCUCAGAUCCCAGGGUUCUCUGUAUCCCUCAGAUCAUCUUGACAGAAUGCACUUCCGGCUCUCCCUCUCUGCCAGAGAGCCCCAGGACAGUCCCCACACCAAGACCCCGGACCUUGGCCGGCAGCAGAAGGGCUUGCCAUGGCCCACAGGCCUUGCUGGGACUAGCUGCUGAGGUACUCUGGCCCCGGAGCGGCUCACUGUCCAGAAAGGAGCCAACAGUUCUACAGAGCCCACACAAUGCAGAAGCCGGAGUUCUCAGUCUUUGGGUGCCAUCGCUAGAUGAGACUCGGAAACCGUCUACUGCUGAGACCCACUCAGAGGAGACCCCUCAAAACUCUGAAUGUGACAGUCAAGCUUGCAAUAGAGGACAAGAGGCUGUCGGCUCAGGCCACCCAGUACAGGAUGCUACCCCACUGCGUAUGGACAGUCUGGAGGAGACGCUCCAGGAGCUAGAAGCCACCCUGAGCGAGAUGGGCGCCAACGUGACUAUGACGUGUCCAAGCAGCCCCCAGUCCCCACACUCAUCCCCUCAGAGUGGUGGUGGCACCGUGCCACCCAUGAAGGUGGUGACUCCUGGAGCCUCUCGACUGAAGGCAACCCAGGGCCCAGCAGGCAGCCCCGACAAAGGCAAACACAGCAAGCAAAGGGCGGAGUACAUGAGGAUCCAGGCCCAGCAGCAGGCCACUAAACCAUCUAAAGAAAUGAGCGGGUCGAAUGAGACCUCGAGCCCAGUCUCAGAAAAGCCCUCUGGUUCCAGAACCUCCAUCCCCGUAUUGACUUCCUUUGGGGCAAGGAAUUCUUCCAUCUCCUUCUAGAAGCCCUCAUACCACCACCCGGCCUGCCCCUCCCUCCCUCCUGCCAUUGUUCCCUGCUUCCUUUCAUGCCCACUCUACCCUCCCCACUCUCACCCCUGAAGGGUUUUGGGGCCAUGGCCCUCAGCUCUCUCAUCCCCUCUUGGUGUUUUUGGUUUUUUAAGUGAUUCUCUUUUAAUGAUCUUUUCUUUUCUUUUUCUUUUUUUUUUCUUUUUAAAGAGCAAAAGAGAAAACUAAAAACCAAACACACCGACUUUCCUUGACUUCCUGUUUCCUAACGGGGAGGGGGGCCCCCUCGGCCUACUUCCUGUCAUCUUCUCUCCCUCUGCUCUCUCACCCUAUUCCUCCUAAGUCCAUCCAACGUUCCCACCUCCCCUAACUUCCCAAGAACACUUGGAACCAACUCUGAGCCACGGAGACUUGUUGCAGCGGAGAGAGACCCUCCUCCCGUUACUGGGUUCCUUCCUGGAGGAACAAACGGACAUGGACAGACCCAGCAUCAGACUGGACGAUGGACCAGGGCGACAGACCCUGGCCUGGGAGACGCCCCAUUGCCUGUCCAGCCUUCGAAGAAACAGACCUCUGCUGCUGGCCUGCGGUUUCCUCUUGAACCAGGGUGGGCCUGUAGGCAGGCCUGCAGGAUGGGAUUGUCAGAGAAGAGGCCAUGGCUGGGAAGGGGCACUUGGUGCGAGGGGAGGAGCUGGCUCACUGUUGCUCAGUGUCUGGCUGGUGCUAGCUAAGGACAGAAGGAGCCCCCCUGUUCUGGUGGGAGCCCCCCUGUUCUGGUGGGUUGCUCCUGUGUUCUGUCUGCCCCUGGGGCUCUGCCUUGGGAGAGGGCAACCCUGAACAGGGCACUUGGUAACUUUUAGUUUCCUAAUUUAGCACUUUAAAUGCCAUUAACUUAUUUUAUGGGGGUGGGGUGGGCAAGGUGGAAGGGCCUAGAAACGUCUAGAGGGGGGAUAGGGUCUGGUUGUGAGGGAAAUAGGGAGAAGGGGGGGUGGGUGCAGUAAAGACUGACCCUUAGCUGGGGGCAACGUGACCUUCAGCCAGCCUUUAUGAUUUGAGGGUUUUCAGGGAAGGGGUGAGAUGUGAUUUGCCUAUGGGGAUCUGGUGACCACUAUGAGGUGUUUGAGGGUCCCCAAGGCAGAGCCACCAGCUAGUAUUCCAGUCUAUGGAUACCUUGUAGGGGUCCUGAACAGGGCAGACUGGCUUUUGGGUGAACCCUGGAGGCAAAGGGAGAGGCUGGUUGGUCCUGGCCUGGUCCCCAGCAGGCACAGAGGGGCCAGAGCAAGGAGGGCUGGAGGGAGCACAAAGUAGAGUAAGCACAGAGGUGUGGUCUUGAGACUUAUCACCUGGUAAGCACAGGAAGGAACUGUUGAAGGGACGGAGCCCAAGACCCUGAAGCCUGGCAGGGGAGGCCAGUGGCAGCUGUUGAGUUUGGGGAGGGAGGGAAAACUGGGUUCUGUUUCUUUUCUUUUUUUUAAUUUCUGCUUUUGUUUUGUUGGUUCAUCCUUGUUUUCUAGCUUUGAUCAUUUUUGUACCAAGGCAAGCAAGCCUUUUUGAAAAAUAACAAAAGAAGAAGAAAAAAAAUCCCUCCCAGAAAAAAAAGACAAAAAUAAAAUUAAAAAAAACAAAAAAACACAAAAAACAAAAAAGAAAACAAACAAAAAAAAAACCCUAGAAAAUGGGGGGAAAAAAAAGGGACCUCACAAUGAUGCAAUUACUUUUAAUUGCAAGCAACUCUUUACAUUUAAGUGAAGUGUCUUAACAUUUUAUAUUGUUUUAAAAAUAUAUUUACAUAUUAUAUAUAUAUAUAAUAUACGUAAUAUAAAUAUAUAUAAAUAUUUAAAAAAGAAAAAAAAAGAAAACCACAGCGCACUCUCCCUGGCUGCUGUCUGGCAGGGGAGGGAGCUGGGGACAGGCUGUGGCCUGGCUUCUGUAGUGGUGAAGCAGUUUGGUUUGAUUUGGCUGUACAGAGACCCCUGGCUUGGGAGGGGAGGGGGAGGGGCCCCUCCACUCCAUUUCUCUUUGCUUGCUACUCUUUGCUUGCCCCCACACCCCCUCAGCCCUGUGACCUGAAUGUGCACCCCUCCGUCAUUGUCCUGAGUUGAGUGUCCUUUGUGGAAGGAGGGGGAGCUGGGACAAGUGACCAUUCAUACAGGGCUGCCCAGGCUCUCAGGCAGGGUCUGUGGGAUUUACAUAGUUCUUCGCUUUGGUUCCCGCACAUGUGUGUGCUGGGAGGCAGUUGUAUGGGAUUGUGUGCAGCCUGCGUGUGUGCACAUUGGCACAAGCCCACAUAACUUCUAUCUGUGCACAUGCGUGGAGCGUGUGUACAUAGGCAAAACUUAUAUUGUAUGUGUGAAGCUGUGUACAUGUAUAUGAGCAUAACCUGCCUGGGUGUCAGCAUGAUUGUGUGAAAGGAACCUUGGGAGGAAGGUGUAAUGUGUGUACGGACAUGCCUGGCUACUCGUGUGAGGACCGUAUACGGAUGGGUAGAGAUAACAUGAGCUGUGGGUAUGGCUGUGUUCCGGUGCAGGCAGGUGUGUGAGAGGGCCUCUUCGUGUGUCAGUGUGCGUGUGCACGUGUGUGCUCCAUCAUCCUGCACCACUCGCCCAGCUCCCCUCCUGAGGCCUCCCUCCCCACACCUUCUCAAAGCCCACAGCACGUCAAUGCCCCCUCAGCUGCAUGCGCCUCGCCGCUCUGUCCAUCAGUGUGUGCUUGACAAGAGAAACUGCCACAUUGGGGGACCCUGUACCCGGUCUCCUCACCCUUGCCCGCUGUGCUGUAUUACUGCCAUAUUGGGGGACCCUGUACCCGGUUCCCUCACCCCUUCCCACUGUGCUGUGUUACCCGCAUGGGGGGUUCUCUUCGGCCCCUUCCACAAUAUACUGUUUCCCUAGGGGCCUCAGGGCCAAGGCUUUAGUGGGGUCCCAAGUGGGGCCCCCAAGGUCCGCCUGGCUCCACGCCCACUCCAUCCACCCCGUAGGGCCUGUGUCGGUGUAGCAGUGAUGGCUUCUGUGGACAUUCUGUGACCUGUCAGUGUAACUUGGCAAUUUCUAAAUGGAAAGGGUUGCUGUGUUUUCUGUCUCUUUUUUAAUGUCCUUCUUUCUCCCCUGCCUCCCUGCUUUCUUCCCUUCCCUUCUGGUUUUUCUAGCCGAGUGUUGGGGCUUUAAUAAAACUUGUUUCUUUUUUUCUCUCCUGGA